GCAUAUCAUUCAGUGAUACCGACUGCAUGCCAUCCCUGAGGCUCCUUGUGCACCUACCAUUCUCCAGCUGAAUCUGCCUAGAAGCAAGAGCAGUAGACUCAUUAUUCCAUUAUGGAUGGAGGAGAUGAUGGUAACCUUGUUAUCAAAAAGAGGUUUGUGUCAGAGGCAGAAUUAGAUGAACGGCGCAAAAGGAGGCAAGAAGAAUGGGAGAAAGUUCGAAAACCUGAAGAUCCAGAAGAAUGUCCAGAGGAAGCUUAUGACCCCCGGUCUCUCUAUGAAAGAUUACAGGAGCAGAAAGACAGGAAGCAACAGGAAUAUGAGGAGCAGUUCAAAUUCAAAAACAUGGUAAGAGGCUUAGAUGAAGAUGAGACCAACUUCCUUGAUGAGGUUUCUCGGCAGCAAGAACUAUUAGAAAAGCAGCGAAGAGAGGAAGAGCUGAAAGAACUGAAGGAAUACAGAAGUAACCUCAGUAAGGUUGGAAUUUCUUCAGAAAACAAGAAAGAAGUGGAGAAGAAACUGACUGUGAAACCCAUAGAAACCAAGAACAAGUUCUCCCAAGCAAAGCUGUUGGCAGGAGCUGUGAAGCCUAAGAGCUCAGAGAGUGGCAACAGUGUGAAAAGACUGAAACCAGAUCCUGACCCCGAUGACAAGAAUCAAGAGGCCGCGUCCUGUGUGUCUGUCGGAAGCACUUCCCUGAGUGGUCCCUCCAUCCACUGCCCCUCUGCUGCAGUCUGUAUCGGCAUCCUCCCAGGCCUGGGCGCCUACUCGGGGAGCAGCGACUCUGAGUCCAGCUCAGACAGCGAAGGCACUAUCAACGCCACGGGGAAGAUCGUCUCCUCCAUCUUCCGAACCAACACCUUUCUGGAGGCUCCCUAGCUCCCCUGUCCUCAUCACAGGGAGCUCCUCUCCUCCAAGUAGUUGGACUGUUCAUCUUGCCUGUGGGCAUUACCUCCCUUCAGAAACUCAGUGUCUGCCUCCUGUAUACACCAUGACGUUUUUAACCUAACUAAAAAAUGUGCCAGAACCCAUUUGUGGCCCAAAUUGCAUUUAGUUUCUUUCUACUCCAGUGCAGAUGACCAGACCUGUCCUGCUGCCCCUUCCUUCUCUGAUGGGAUCAGCUGGGGGCAAGGCACCGCAGAAAUUCCUAGGAGGAUUGGCACCAGCUAGCUUGCAAAGGGCUUGGGUUAUAUUGCUUUCUUGUUUUCCUUCUACAGUAGUGCUGGAAAACAAGGGCAGUAACUGGACAGGUCGUAUCUACCCGUCCUAUUGUAGCUGAACACAUUGCUUGGUUCUGCUGCACUGUGGAGCAUGUGGGGGAGGAGAACUGACCCAGGUGAGACAUGUAGCACAUCCUGGAGCUCACCAGUUUUUGAUGUUGAAUGACUAAGUAAAGAUGACAGAGUACGCCUGAGGGGGUGUCUGUAGCACUCAGCGCUCGUCCUGUCAUCUUUCUUACUCUGCCUUUCUCCGUCCUCUCUGUAUCUGGUUCCCUCUACGUGGGAAGGGGCUGCAAAGAAAGCUGCCACCUUUUAGUCAGACCUUUCUCUGCCUGGUUGUUUUGUUUUUGUUUUUGAAAUAAAGGACUUCAGUUUAAGAUUCUGAA